UAUAUAAUGACAGACGGGUCAAAUAACUGUACAUAAAAGGUGCGAAAUGGAGCGUCUUCCGGGACGGAAUGUUAUGUGUGCGUGUGAAAAGUACAUAAUGUUCAUGAGACAGACGCACGAAUUGCAGUCUGCAACAGAAUAGGUCGCGCGACAGCGGCAACAACGAAAUGCGGCUCGUAUCGCUUUUCUUCGCAUACAGUCUGAUCUUUCUAGCGAGUUCAUCGCGAUGUCCGGAACCCAAGAAACCGCAUCUCACGAGUUGCACGAUUUUCUACAACUGUGUGAAUUUACCUGACGGCGGUUACGUGUGGAUACCAUCGAAAUGUACCGAAGGCUUGGUAUUUCAACCAUAUUUACGGAUGUGCGUGGUUCCUGGCGAUAUCUGGACAUGCGAUUGGACGACCGAGAAUACUUUCGUGACGAACAAAUACGAGACACCUGAACUUGUUGGGUAUCCAACGGAUUCGAGCUCGUCAGAAUAUACGCAGGAUCCUUUCUCUAAUGUGAUCGACUCAUCCUAUGUGAUCGAUAAUUUCACCGAAUUAACGACCGAAGCAGUAACUGCUUAUCCUUUAAUAGAAUUUGAACAAUCAAACGUGACAACGUGCACUGAUAAGAAUGCGAAAAAUGUGACGUAUCAUAAGAAGGAGAAUUAUUUAUAUGAAUAUCAUAUGAAUAAACAAGCAUCGUUGUCUCUAAUGGAAGAGUAUAAAAAUAUUAUAGACAAUCAUUACAAAUGUUUAAACGAACUGAUUAAUCAGUUGCACAAUUACAAGAAGCUGUCUGCGAUAUCGAGUGCUUUGUCGAUACCUAUUAGGGAUAUUACGACUGUAAAGCCGACUAAGACUAUCGCUAUAUUUGAAUCUCAUAAUCGGGAACAUAAUAUAACGUUAAAUUACCUAGUACAAAGUUAUACCGGAGGGAACGUAAAGUUACACGAGGAUGAACCAACCGAAAUGAAAGAAGACAAUGGAUCUCAGAUAAAUGAUAGCACGUCAACUCCGAAUAACGUCGUUUCGACAGAGAGCACUUUGCAAUUGUUAAUCAACAGUUUGGAUCCUGAAAACAAUAUAAUAAGGAUUAGUGAUAAUCUCGGGAACAAGCAGUACCUGACGAUCAAUAGGUACAAGAACAUAGCUUCUCAAUUAAUAUCACGAUACAUUAGCGUUGUACCCUGUACGAAGAACGUUCGUCUGCCGAACAGCACCGAUUGUAACAGAUAUUAUAUGUGCGAUCCGAAAACGGCCUCCGUAUUAGAAUUCUCUUGUCCAUUACAUACGGCUUUUAACGUAAACUCGCGAAUCUGCGACAUCGAGAGUGCAAAAACGUGCGGAAACAAACUUCCGAUAAAUGAGAUAUUCGUCGAGCGUCAUGAAAAUAUGACAACGGAUUCUGGCAAAAAAUUGAUGGAAGAGAAUCAAUUGUGCCAGGAACUCGGUAAAAUGAAGGAUCCCGCUUCUGAUUUUCAUUAUUACAUAUGUUACAGCAGCCCGGGGUCUGAAGAUAUCAAAUCAAUUCGAAUGAGUUGUCCAAAUGCUUUGAUAUUUUGUCAAGGCAAGAAAGUGUGCACCACUAGACGAUUGUGUCGCGAUGAUGACGUGUAAAGCAUGCACAUCUCUUUUCUUUUCUGAUUACCUUGAGUGGGCGAAUUAAAGGCCGAUCCUAUUUCUGAUGACGUAUCUGUGCUCGAUGAACUGUGAGCCGGCGAGGUUUGAAUUCGUAACGGUGUGGCAUAAUCCAGAGCACACAUCACCACUUUCUC